CCCAAGGAUGUUUCAAUUUUUAUACGGUAUGUACUUGUUUAACUUAUAAAACACGCCAAUGGAUCAUCAUAUCUGGAAACCCUAGCCGUAUAAUACUGAACUUUUCUCUCCCAACGAAGAUGAAUGGAUGUCGAACUUUGAGUAACAGAGACAUGAUCGGUGAGCUGCCGGACGCUCUGCUUCUGCAGAUUUUGUCUUCAAUUCCGACUAAAGAUGCCGUAGCCACUAGUGUUCUGUCGAAACGAUGGCGGUUUCUUUGUAAGAUGACGCCGACUCUCAGGUUCUAUUACGGUGACCGUGGCACCAAAGAUAUCGUGAGGUUUUCAGAUAAUGUCUGUAGGUGUUUCCUUUCACAUCAGACUCCUGUUCUUCAGAGUUUGCAUCUCAAGAUGACUUUCGGAAUUGAUGACCCCACAGUUGAUGUUGGAGUACUGCUUGGGAUUGCGUUUGGACGGCAUGUGCGUGAGUUGGAAUUCCAAGUUUGCUGUCUUGAUGAGCCGUAUAGGUUUCCUACAAGCUUGUUCAACUGUGGGACUCGGACACUCGAGACCUUGAAGCUCGGUCCUUAUGUCUUUGUAGACGUCCCAUUUCCGGUGUGUCUCAAGGCCCUUAGAACUCUACGCCUUUACAAAGUGAGCUUCAAAGACGCUGCAUCCGUUGUUAACCUUCUAUCUGGCUGUUCUAGUCUUGAAAAUCUGGAGGUUAAGAUGUAUUCGCAUCCUGAUGUGGAGAGUUUCACUAUUACUGUCCCUUCCUUGUAGAGUCUAACACUUAUUUUUGACAAUGAAGAUUUUGUAGAUAUUUUGGUAUAUGUGAUCAAUGCUCCUCAUUUGAAAUAUCUUAGACUUCAAGGGUUAACCGAACGUGACUCUUGUCUGAUUGAGAAUACACCUGUGCUGGUGGAGGCAAAUAUUACUGAUGUGUCUAGUGUAGUCUAUGAGAAAAUUCUUGGAUCUCUCACUUCAGUCAAACGCCUUUCUUUGAAGAUUCCAUCACCUUUG